AUGGCCAUAGCAUCUUUUGAGAGUCAAGAAGAAAAAGACCAAGUUAUAAAUUUUGAAUGGAUUGCAGGAGAAUAUAGACAAGAUAUAAAAGAAAUAAAGGAACAGGUGAAAGAUAUAGAUGAAAGAUUGGAAUUAGUGGAAACUCAUUGUGCUUAUGAAAUAUUAAAUAAUGAAGAAGUAAAAGAAAUGGAUAUCAGUGAUAAUGAAAAUGAAGAAAUGAAUGAAAAAGAAAAAUCAAAGGCACAAACAACUAAUGAUAAAAAAGAGGGGAAAGAAAUGGAGAAAACAAUAAAUUAUAUUUAUGAAACAGUUAAAGCUCUGUUAGAAGAAAAUAAAACAACUUUAGCACGAUUAAAUGGAGUGGAAAAGCAUAUUGAAAAAAAUAAUGAACAAGAUCAAAUAUGGGUAUCAGAUUAUUUAGCAGAUCAACUUUUUUAUGCAGAUAUUAUACCUUCAGAUUUGAAAAGUCACAGUGAUCAUAUAUUUGCAAUAGCAGAAAUAGAAGACAAUAUUCUUAAAUAUACUAAAUCUAUAACAGAUUCUGAUAAAAUUCUGAAUAAGAUAGAAUUUAAAUUUAAGGGAACAUCUGAAAAAAAAUAA